AUGAUGUUAAAUAAAAUAAAAAGAUCAAAAGCUGGAUCGAUCGAAGAUUCAAAAUUACAAGCUUUACCACUUGGAACAAGAAGAAAAAUAGGUCAAACAACAGGUGAAUCAGAUAAUAAUAAUAAUAAUAGUAACGAUCAAUCAUUAAAGAAAUUUAAAAAUGAUAACACAGAGGAAAAUAAUUCCAUUGGAGUGAAUAAUAACACAAGCACAAAUAUAAAUAUAAAUACAAAUACAAAUAUAAAUACAAAUAAUAGUACGAAUACAAAUAAUAUAAAUAAUACGAACAAUAAUAAUAAUAAUAAUAAUAAUAAUAAUAAUAAUAAUAAUAACAAUAAUAAUAAUAAUAACAAUAAUAGUAAUAAUAAUAAUAAUAAUAACAUCAGUAACGGCGGUAAUAAUAUUAAUAAUAAUAACAAUAAUAACAAUAAUGGUAAUAAUAAUAAUAAUAUUAAUAAUAGUAAUGGUAUUAGAAGAGUAUUUGAUCAAAAUUAUUAUAUAGAUUUAGUAGAGAGUGAAGAAGAUAUUGAAAUCAAGAUAAGGAUAAUUAAAUCGAUGUUAAUGGUAUUAAAGAGUAGUGUUGGCAAUGAACCUGAUAAAUGUGCAUUCAUAUCGUUAUUGGUUAUAUGUAAGAGGUCACCAACACUAUUCUCACAUUUUGAUUUACUGGAACCAUUAUUAUCACUCUUAAAAAAGGAUCCAACACAUGUACAGAAAAAAAAUAAUCUUCUCUCCAUUUUAGCUUGUAAUUUAUUAAUGGCUGGUUAUGAUCAUAUUCAGGAUUGGCCAGUCUACCUAUUCUGUGCUUAUUUAGAUGAUGCAAUUGGUGAUCGAUAUUGGGUAGAAGAUCAAUACUGUAAAACUUUUGUAAACAAUAUAAUAACUGCUUUUCCACAACAACCACAACCACCACAACAACAACAAACUAAACAACCUGUAAAUAUUAAAACACAACCUCAACAACAACAACAACAACAACAACAACCUCAACCUCAACAAAUUAAAAAGAGUGAUGAUGAUAUAGUUGAAGAAAUUGAUAAUUUAUUAUCAGUAAGUUCAUCAUCACAACCUCAACCUCAACAACAAAAGAAUAGAUUUUCACAUUGUUUAAAUGAUAUAAUUAAAUAUAUAAUUCAUAUGAUAAGACAAUAUAUUCAAUCACCAAAUCAAAGAGUAUUUAUAAAGUUAUUAUCAUUAACAGUUGGAUUUAAAGAGUCUAGAUUAGAGGGAUCACAAAUUAUUGAACAGUUACUUGGUAAUACCAAUGUAUUUAGAUUUGCCAAAGAGUAUUUAACACAAUUGUUGGCAGCAACUACAGAGAGUACAGUAGAGGAUAUUAAAACGGUUCAAAAUUUAUUAAAGAUUCAAGUUUCACAUCAUAUCGAUAUCAUUUCAACAUUAUUAGUUAAUAAUCCAAUUUAUCCAGCAAUAGCAUUACAUCAAGCCAUUGAAAUUGAAUUGGACACAAAUCAAAAGGUUGCAACCAAAUCAAAACUUUCAAUCAUUUUCAAAUUCUUACCAAAUAAUCGUGGUGAAGAAGAGUUGGCUAUGAUUUUAAAGGAUUUUUGUUCACGUGAUGAUUCAAUAAGGUCACCUGUUAAAAUCAUUGUUAAAAAGAUUUUAAAGAAUUUAACUUUUAUAAGUUUAUUUUAUCUUUGUGAACAAUUAUCAACAAUAACUCAAAAGGAUGAACAAUUUUAUUUAUUAUUACAAUCAUCUCAACAACAGCAACAGCAACAACCACCACCAUCAACUAUAACAAUUACAAGAGAAAGAUGGGCAUUAAAUAUAAUUCAUAUGUUAACACAAAUUUUAUUUUUAAUACCGUCAAUGAAUGAACAUUUAAAAGAUCAAAGUAAUAUGAGAUCAAUGAUAAGUACUAUUCAAUCAUCAAGUGUUUCAUGGUGUUUUAAAUUAUUAAAUUUGGGUGUAUUAUCAUAUGGUGAUGCAUUAUCAUUGAUUGGAAAGGUAUUAAUAUUUGAACCAUUGAAUUCAUUCUUUCAAGCACCCAAUUUAGCUGUUGAUUCCGAUAGAAAUGCUUAUCGUAUGUUAACGACAGAGAUACCGAUUCAAGAGAAUAUAUUGGAUAUAUUAUUAACGAUUGGAUUCGAAUAUCCAUCAGAGAAGAAAAUAGUAUUGGAACUUUGUGAAGCUCUAUUGAAACGUGCAAUCUCCAUUGUGCAUAAAUUCAAUGUUUUAGUACCAUUGACUAAAGUUACAUUUGCAGAAUCGAUUCUUUCUCUAUCCAGAAUUGAGAAUACCUCUGAACCACAAUUAGCCUACACUUCUUUAUUCUGGCAAUCAACCAUAUUGGCAUGUCUAUUGAUUUGUUUAUCACCCUCUAUCAUUGGCUCCUAUUAUUGGAAUAAUUGUCCGACCAUUAGAAUUCUCAUUGAAAUGAUCAUCACUAGAUCUUGGAAAUUCCCACCUUAUCUUCCAAAAGCAGUGGCAAACAAUCCAUCCUAUUUUCAAUUAAUUGAACAAAAUCAAAGAAUUGAAGAAAAGAAAUUACUCUCUAGAAUACCACAAUUAACUUCUAUCGAUUUCAUGAUAUUGGAUUCAAUUAAAGGUACCAAUGGUGUAAUUAGACAGCCUCCUGAGGAAAUCAUUGAAAAACUUCAAAAACUUGAUAACGAUUUUCAUUUAGGGUUUAUUCUUUGCAAUUGUAGAUCACCAGAUUUCCUCUUGGAUAUAAUGUCAAAUCAAGAUUCAAAACAAUCAAUGAUGUGGUUAAAUCCAAUUAUUCAUAAUGAUCCAAAAACUCUUGAUAUUUUACCACCAAUUUGUUUAAGUGAAAUACUUUUAUCAACUCAAUUUGAACAACAACAACAACAACAACAACAACAACAACAAUUACAAACACCACAACAACAACAACAACAACAGCAACCAACAAAUCCAAUAGCACCAAGAGUAUUAAAUAGAAUGUCUUUAUUUUUUAAUUCACCAUCUCCUGUACCAACUUUAGAGAUUUUAAAUUUCUUUUUUACUUUACUUUGUUCUGAUAAUCCAAUAAUAAGAAUUUUAUCAAAGAAAUCACUUUCAUUAUUAGUUUUACCAAUUAAAUCAACUUUAUCAACUACAACAACAACCACAUCAUCAACAACAACGACAACCACAACUACAACCAGUACAACCACUUCAACUUCAACAUCAUCAUCAUCAUCAUCACUUAAUCCAACUCAACCAUCAUUAAGAAGUUCUUGUGAUAAAAUUAAAACUAGUGGAUUAAGUGGAUCAUCAAAUGGUAUUAAUCAAUCAUCAGAUUCAAUUACAGCAGUGGCAGGUUCAACAUCACCAACAACAACAACAACAUCAUCAUCAUCAACUUGUCAAACAUAUAUAACUGAAGAAUUUCAAUGGUUAUUAAAAUUAAAUAAUUUGGCAUGGUUUGAAGAAUCACAAGAAAUCGUUAUUUCUGCAUUGAAAAAAGCAAUCAAUGUUGAAACUGAUGUUUCAUCAAUUAGAUCAUACAUUCAAUAUUUAGUUGUUAAUCAAAGUACACCAUUCGAUGCAUCAUUUCAAAUGGAUUUAUCUCAAUUGAUUUUAAAUAGAGGUAUAAUUGCAAAUUAUUUAUUAUCAAGUGAUAUUUCAAUAUUAAUAUUUAAUGCUUAUUUAAAUAUAUUAGAACCAUUAAAUCAAAAAGAUUUAUCAAAGAAAUUAUUAUUAUUAUCAUCAUCUACCAAUAGUAUUAAUAAUAUUAAUAAUAAUGAUAAUAAUAAUAAUAAUAAUAAUAAUAAUAAUAAUAAUAAUAAUAAUAAUAAUAAUAAUAAUAAUGAUAAUAAUAUUAAUAAAAAUAAUGAUGAUAAUAAUCAUAGUAAUAGUAUGGCCAAUAAUAAUUUGCCUAAUAAUAAUAAUAAAAAUAAUCAAAAAUCAAAGAAAUGGGUUAAAAUAAUUAAAAAUAGUAAUAAUAAAAAUAAUGAUGAUAAUAGUAUGGAAGAUGAUAAUAAUGAAGAUAUAAUAUAUUUACCAAGAAUAGUACUUGAUUCAAUUAUUUAUUGUAUUUCAUCAUCUUUAAAUGUUAAUGAUAUUGAUCAAAUUCAAAGUAUAGUUGCAAUACUCUUUCCAACAACAACAACAACAGCAAUAGAUCAAGAUAAAACUUUUGAAAUUAAGAAUAAAUUUUUAGAUUUUGAUAAUCAAACUGAUGAAGAACCAAUAUUAAAGAGUAAGCAACUUGUUGAAGUAUCCUUAAAAUCAUCAAUUCCACAACUUAUUUCAAUUGCAUUACAAAGAAAUACUUCUGUAGGUUUAUUCAAUGGUUUAAAUGAUUAUAUAGAACAAUUGAUUUUAAAGGGUAUUGAAAUGUCAUUUUUAUCACGUUCAAUGAUUUUAGAAAUAAUUGAUAAAAAUAUUGAUAAAAUUAAAUCAUCUUUUGAAAAUAAUAGUAGUAAUAAUGAUAAUAAUGAAAGUAAAGAAAUUAAAGAAAUUUUAAAUCAAAUCAUUGAAAAUAAUGAAAAACAAACAAUCUUAAAAUUAUUUAUAAAGGAAUCUUCAAAACAUGGUCAAUUGUUUUUAAAUUUUAUUGAAUCAUUGAUUUCUGCUAAAAGUGGUGAUAGUAAACAAAUAACAAAGAAAAAACAAAAAUCAUCCUUUAAUUUAUUUAAUGAAUUUUUAGAAACUGAUGAAAUUAAUAAUCAAGAAAUCGAAGAAGGUUCAAUGGAAUUGGAUAUUAAUUUUGAAAAUUCAAUUAAACAUCAAAUUUUGAAUAUUAAUAAUAAUAAUAAUAAUAAUAAUAAUAAUAAUAAUAAUAAUAAUAAUAAUAAUAAUAAUAAUAAUAAUAAUAAUAAUAAUAAUAAUAAUAAUAUAACUCAAUUGUUAGAAGGAAAUGGUCAAAUAGAUUCAUUUGUAAAAGCAAUUAAUUCUUUUGAAGUAUCAAAAAGUAUUAGUAGUGACAUUAAUAUCAAUAUACCUUUCUCAAUAUCGACAAUUAGAAUUUUAAAGAACACUACUCAACAAAAACAACAAAAACAACAACAAAAAGAAUCAGUACAAAAAUCAAUACAAUCUUUAUCAAAGUUAAUUUUAAGCUCUAAAAAUAUUAAAAACUAUCAAAAAAGAUUUAUUGAUCAUAUUUUAAAGAAGAAAUCAAAUUUAGAAUUAAUUGAAUCAGCACAAAAUCUAACUUUGGAAAAUGGUAUUAAUAAGGAAUUUGAUAUUUGUAAAGAAUGGGAAAUAUAUAGUAGUGGUAGUGGUAGUAGUAGUAAUGAAAUCAAUGAUCAAUUUAAAGGUACAGAAAUUAUUAGAAAAUUAGUCAAUAAACAACACUUUUCAAUAAUUAUAGUUAGUGAUCCAUUGAAAUUAGGUGAAAUAUUUAAAUCAUUAGUUAAACAAUUCAUAUUAAAUGAUCAAUUAAGAUUGGAGGAGUUUAUUGGUGGUUUCUUUACAAAAGUAUAUUCAAAUUCUCUAUCUCAAUCAAGUACAAUAACAAUUGUUUUAUUCAAUUCAUUGGUAUCAUUAUUAACUGAUUUUGGUUCAAAUAUUCAAAUGAAACAAUCAUUAGGUAUACUUUUAGAUUGGACCGGUUUAUUAGUUCAACAAUUUCUAUUAAAAAAUAAUAAUAACAAUAAUAAUAAUAAUAAUAAUGGAAUUAGUUUAAAUAUAAAACAAUUUUAUUUCUUAUUAUUUGGUAAAGGAAGUUUUAAAUUUUCAACUCUAUUACAUUCACAUUUUAUUCAUAAUUCAACUUGGAGAAAUUUAAAGAUUAUGAUGCAAUGGUUAUUUAAAGUUAAUAAUAAUUAUAAUGAUGAUGAUGAUGAUAAUGACGAUGGUGAUAGGCCAAUCAUUGAUGCAACACUUGUUCUUAAUUUUAUAAAUGCAUAUCACCAACAUCCAAGAUCAGGAGCACCAUAUUAUAGUGCAUCAAAUACGGCAACUACUGCAUCAUCAAAAAGUAUUACUAAUAUGUCAACAAUUAUGGAUUCAAUGGUAAUGCAUUAUUUGAAUCCAUCAACUAUUAGAACUUUAUCAGAUUAUAUAAUUGAAGAGAUUGAUCAAGUUAAAGGUGGUCCUUCAAAUUAUCCACAAUCAAAAUUAAGAAAUAGAAUGAAUCUAUUGAUUUCAUCAUCAAUGAUUUCAAAAGAGAAUUUAAUUUCAUUGGUACUUCAUUUAUCAAAUCAAUAUACAAAAUCAACUUCCUCUUCAAUUGUAAUUAAACAAAUUUAUUUUGCUUUUCCUUCAACUUUAAAAUCAAUUUUAACUAAUUUUUCACCAUGUUUAAUUGUAUCAUCUCCAAAUAAUUUAUUAUCACAACAACAACAGCAACAACAACAACAACAACAACAGCAACAAAAACAACAAUCUAACAAUAGUAAUAAUAUUAAUAAUAAUAAUAAUAAUAAUAAUAGUGAAAAGAAACAAAAAUCAAAAGAACAAAAUAUAAUAUUAACAACAAAUGAUUUAAUAGUUAAUAAUCAAAGUAUACCAUCAACUCAAUUGGAUAUUAUAUUACAUCGUGUUAUAUUAAAGAUAUCAGAUAUGAGUACAAUUGAGAAUAGAAAUUCUGGAUUUAUUAUAGUUAGAAAAUUGGCAAUUUUACAUCCAGAGUUGAUAACACUCCAUUUACCAAGUUUCUAUUCAUUGUUAUCAGGUAGAGCUGAUACUCCUCUAACUCUUUUCCUAAGUAGAAAUUAUCAUCAUUUAUUCUAUCAAAUUUUAGAUCUAUUGGAUAUACUAAGACCAAUCGUAUUUAACAGUCAAUCAUUGUUACCAAUACUUCAAGAAUAUUUCACACUGUUUUCAAAUAAUUGUAAUCAAAGAAUUAAUGAUUUCAUACCAAUAGUUUCAAAACUUUGUGAUUUCUUAUUACCAUUCACUGGAAAUUAUCAAAAUUUGGAUAUACUCAUUCAAAACAAAGAUACAAUUAAAUCACUAUCAAUAUUUUAUCCAAAUGCUGAACCUUUAUUAUUAAGAAUUAAACCAAAUCAAAUUUCAUCUUUAUCAUCUUCAUAUUAUUUAUCUUCAUUACUUUCAAUUAAUAAUAAUAAUAAUAAUAAUAAUAAUAAUAAUAAUAAUAAUAAUAAUAAUAAUAAUAAUAAUAAUAAUAAUAAUAAUAACCCAUUAGAAUUAAUUAAAUUUAAAUUAUAUGAUAAUGGUUAUAAUAAUAAUAAUAAUGAUAAAUUAGUUAAACAAUUAGAAGAUGUUAUUAAAAUUACUCAAAAUUUACCAAGCUAUUUACAUUGUAUUAAAGAUGAAUUAUUAAGACUAAUUCAAUCAGAUUAUCAAAAUAUUAGAGCAAUCUCAUAUUUUCUCAUUCAAAGAUAUCUUCAAUAUUGUCCACAAGAUGCUGAAUCAAUGAUGGAUAAAUAUUUAAGUUGUUUCCAACAUUGGAAUCCUGAUGUGGUCAAGGAUGCAAUUCAACAUUCUUCCGAUUUUUAUUGUCUCUCAAAUGAUCGUUCCGAAUAUUUAAUUGAACAAAUUUUAAUCUAUGGUGGUAAAGAUUCAAUUAAUGAUAUUAAAAAAUUAAUUAAUCCAUUUAGUCGUAUAUUCUAUUAA